CUCUUUGCUGCGGGAUUGGCUCGCCAGGUCGCCAGUCGCCCCGGCGCCCGCCCGCGAACAAUAUAAGUAAAGCGUUUCCGAUCGCAAAGUUUUAAUCUGCUCGGGGAGGUGAGCGCUUCGCUAUGUCUACAGUGGAGAGAACUUGCGUGUUGGAAAAAGGCCCCUCGGGCUAUGGUUUCCAUCUUCACACCGAAAAGGGUCGCCCGGGACAGUUCGUCCGCCUGGUGGAGCCCGACUCCUCCGCAGAUAAAGCAGGGUUGCGAGCGGGCGACCGUAUAAUCCGGGUGUGCGGGGAGAACGUGCGGGAGCUGCCACACCAGCAGGUGGUCGCCAGAAUCCGGGCUUCCACCGAACAGCUGGUUCUGGAAGUGGAGAGAGCCGCGGAGGAGCCAGAAGUGGCGACUAAUAAUAACAACACGGCCAGUGACGCUCAGGUCAGUCUGUGUGGCCCCUGGGCUGGGGCCCUCUCUUCUAAUCUGUGUAUCAGAGCAGGUUGUUUGAGGUUCCCAGUAGCGGAAAUCAAGCCCUCAGGCUGUUACAAUUGUUUCAUGCAAGUCUAUAGGUGACGUGGUGCACUGGGUGUGUGUGCUGCCUGACUGCCUGAUUUUUAUCAUGUAAAACUUUAUAUUGUCAUAAAUAUUGCUUUAAAAUUCUUACUUUUUUUUACUGGCCUGUAAGUGUCUCUUUUUUUUUUAUUUUUAAUAGAUUCCUGCACUCUUGGAAACACCUGCAGUUGAAAAGGUAGGACACUUUUAAAAAAAAAAUUUUUUUUCUUGUAAAGUGGAAUUCUUAUAUCUGGGCUUGUAAAUGCCUACUAAAUCUGGAGUCUGAGUACUUCUGCCACUCAAAGGGUUAAUGGCUAGCCAUUAGCUCACAAUAGGCUUUGGAUUAAACUUCUUGGCAUGCUCAGACAUUUGGCGAGGAACUGUUGCUCAAUUGCUUUAUUGCUAGUGCUUAACUGUUGCUCGAUUUAAUAAUAAAAAUUAAAGAUGGCAGGUAUGAAGUGCGGGGCAAGGUCUUGCUUUUUGGCCUGUUAGUCGCAGCCAGGUCAUGGGACUUUGGCGAAUUUUAUAAUAUCUAAAAUGUUUGCUAAACAGGCAAGCCUUUUUUAAAACUGAGGCUUGUGGAGAGUCUCACUUUUAGGCUGUACAUUAAUAACUUGGCCUGUUUGCCUAUACUUCCCCCUCUCAGCCAAUAUAUUAACUUUGGCUCCUACAUUUCUUGUUGACCUGCAUGAGCAGAAAAAAACAGUUCAAAAGUUUAUCUGCUGACACAUUGUGGUUUGUGCUAGUACCAAAUGACAUAUUGCUCUAAUGGAUAUUGUGUGAUCUUUUAAAGCAACUGUCACCUGCUGCUAACUGCAGAAUUCUGCAAAGAGCCCUGACUGUCAUUGCUUGGGGAAGGGGGUAAAAGGGAGUCUUACCUACCUGAACCAGUCCCUCAUGGGUGCAGCAAUCUUUUUCUGGUGGGUCCUCUUCAGCGCCAAGAACAAACAUCUCUGUUGUAGUCUCGCAUAGACUAGAGUACACCACUGAGGUCUAUGAAUCAGACUGCAGGAUCACCCAUAGACAGAGCCAAUUCCCUGCCAGGGGUUUGGCACUUCUAAACAGUGGUGAUUUAUAUUCACCUAAAAAAAACUUUUGAAAUGGGUUGCUGUCAUAUCACUCUCCCUGUUGUCACUCAUAAGGUGUUGCUGUGAUGAAAUAGCAACUUUAGAGCUAUAGUUAUAGCCGGCUGUAUUAAAGGAGUCUUGUAUGCUUGAUGGCAGACCCUUUCCACUGCAGAGUAUGAAAUCAGACAUAAUGAUCACUUGGUAACCUCUCCUUGUAUUUAGAAGGAUCUACGUCCUCGACUGUGUUCCAUGAAAAAGGGGCUUAAUGGAUAUGGAUUUAACUUGCACAGUGACAAAACACAGCCUGGACAGUUUGUAAGAGCAAUUGACCCCGACUCUCCUGCAGAGAAGGCUGGACUCCUGCCCCAAGAUCGCAUUAUAGAGGUAUUUUAAAGAAUGUCCAAUGUAAAUAUGUUAAUUUGGCUGUCAUACACUCUACACAGCAUAAAUAUUGAUUGUGCUUGUCGCAAUAUAAAAUGUGUAUUUUCUGUUCAUUAGGAUAGAUACAAACUGUACUGUUCCAUCACUGCUACAGGACAUUUUGUGCUUUGCUAAAAGUGGAUUCACUGUCCCAAUGCAAAUACUCUGGCAAUCCAGCCAGUGUACCAGCAUGGUGGGGAAGUUGUGUCCUGCUUGUCAGUGUUCCCUGACAGAGCCAAUUGCAUUGGAGAAUGUUACAUUUAAAGGAACACACAAUUGUAACUAAAUGUGUUGUCUUGGAUAAUAAGGGAAAUGCUUCCAAAGAAAAUGUGCAGAUAUUUAAGAAAAAUUGGCUUACAAUAGUUGCAGCUCCAUCUACAGCAACUGCAAGCCAGUGACUUGACCAGUCAGAGCCUUCUAAUAAAGAAUCCUCUGGUGUAGCUGCACACUUCAGAAUUCUCAAGGACCUAAGUGUUAAAGGACCACUCUAGGCACCCAGACCACUUCAGCUUAAUGAAGUGGUCUGGGUGCCAGGUCCUUCUAGGGUUAACCCAUUCUUUUAUAAACAUAGCAGUUUCAAAGAAACUGCUAUGUUUAUGAAUGGGUUAAGCCUUCCCCCAAAUCCUCUAGUGGCUGUCUCAUUGAGAGGCGCUUGCGUGAUUCUCACUGUGAAAAUCAGUGAGAGCACGCAAGCGUCCAUAGGAAAGCAUUGAUAAUGCUUUCCUAUGCGACCAGCUGCGCGCGCAGCUCAUGGCGCGCAUGCAGCCAACUGUGAGGAUUGGAGGCGGAGAGCUCCCCGCCCAGCGCUGGGAAAAGGUACGUUUUUACCCAUUUCCACCUUCCAGAGCCGGGCAGAAGGGGGACCCUGAGGGUGGGGGCACCCUCAGGGUACUAUAGUGCCAGGAAAACGAGUUAUCCUGGCACUAUAGUGGUCCUUUAAGCCUUAGGAGGCAAUCUAUAGACUAGUGUGCCUGCCCUCACUUGGCUUACUGGUAGUGUCUUGCAGCUAGGGUGCUUUUAGAAGGUUAUAAUCCUGCUAACUUCUACGGAAAUGGCUAUUUUAGCCUCUAAAUUCAUAGAGAAACAUAGAAAAAGUGCUUAAGAUUUUUACUCUUGUGUCCUUCACUGAAGAGGUGUCUUCACUGAAGAGCAUCAGGCUAUAUUAAAUUCUCUUGGGAACUUUAAAGUAAUGUAUAACUUGCUUUGAGAAAAUCAUCCGGAUGAUUUAUGCUCAAUCGAUUGCUACACCUUGUAAAAUAACUUAAGGCUCUACUGUGCAUAUGUGCCAACUACCCCUUGUACUAAAAGGGUUACCGCCUGCUCUAUUGGUUUUGAUGCCAGCAUUAUCCCUGUAACUUAAACUUGUGUUACCCUUACGUUUUUUCCCCACCAGGCUCAGAAGCUUGCCUACAGCCAGUGAUGACAUCCUGUCUGCAGAAGUAGGAAGUCUAUCCUCCUGGCCAUUGACUUAGUCGGUGCAAUAUUGUGUAUAGGAAUAUGCAGACUUAAAGGGACACUAAAGUCUCCAAAACAACUUUAGCUUAAAGGACCACUAUAGUGCCCCACUCCCAUGGCGCUGAAGUGGGAGGAAGGGGUUAAUUCCUUACCUUUUUGUCAGCGCAGGGCUCCCUAGGCGCUGGUAGUCUCCUCCCUCUUCCGUCAUCGGCUAAAUGCACAUGUGCGGCAAGAGUCGCGUGCAUUCAGCCAGUCUCAUAGGAAAGCAUUAUCAAUGCUUUCCUAUGGAUGCUGGCGUCUUCUCACUGUGAAAAUCGGUGAGCAGCACAGAAGCGCCUCUAGAGGCUGUCAAAUCUCUGAAACUAUGUUUACUGCAAAAAGGUUAAACCUAGCUGGACCUGGCACACAGACCACUUCAUUAAGCUGAAGUGGUCUGGGUGCCUAUAGUGGUCUUCUAAUGAAGCAGUUUGGCUGUAUAUAUCAUGCCUCUGUAGCUUUACUGCUCAAUUCUCUAUUUAGGAGUUAAAUCACUUUUGUUUGUUUUAUGCAGCCCUAGCCACACCUCCACUGGCUGUGAUAGACACAGCUGUCAUGAAAACAAAAUUAUUUCAUUUUCAAUCUGAUGCAACUAACUUUAAAGGUUUUUCUCAUGCUUUGUAAAUUGUACUUUAAUUACAUUCAAGAGGCUCCUGCUCGGUCUUGCAAGCUAUUAACAAAGCAGGUGAUGAGAAAUUCAAAGUUAAACAGAACUUAAAAUAGAGGAAGUGUGAACAUUAGAUGACGCUAUACAGGAAGUGUUUAGAAAGGCUGUGCAAGUCACGUGCAGGAAUUUGUGACUAGAAUUGUAUAAACAAACUGAUUUAACUCCUAAAUUGUAGGUAAUUUAGCAGUGAGACUGCAUGGGCAUGGUCUAUGCACUUUAAGAUAAAGUUGUUCUGCUGACUAUAGUGUCCCUUUAACAUUAGCCAGCCUAAAAAUCAUAUUCCAGGUUAUCUGACUCACCAGUGAUGCUGUUGGAGGUGGAGUUAGCAUUUCAAUCGAAAGUUGCCCAUAGACUCCAGGCACCAUGACAACCCCAAGUCACAGAAAUGAUCAUGGGGCUUGGGAGUAGCUCUUUAACUGAACAUGAAGACUGUACCUUUUUUUUUGUCAAACACUGCCUCUAAUGUUUUGAUGGCUGCUAGAGACUUAUAAAACAGGGGAUGUUAAAGGAGCACUUCAGCCUGACAAAGUGCCAAUUUCAAGAGCAAUGUGCUCUUUGUAAGAGAACAGAGCUGCUUUAAUUGCUUCCUUCCAGAUAAUUACCAGUGUUAAUUUUACAUGGUUAACUAAUGUCUUUAAAAAAGCUUUAGAAACAAAACGAAUGCCAAAGACUUGAAACUGAGAGCCAGGACAAAGUUCUCCCCAAAGCUUUUGUGCCUACAUCAUGCUGUUAUAACUUUUUGCUCCUAGAUCUAAUCAAAUGCUUCUCUGCCACCUGAAGUCUAAGCAGGGAUGAAAGGCUGGACAGUGGGGAGGUAUGGAGGGCUGCUCUGGGAAAUUUAAGUUCAGGGUUAGAAGGCAAGGAGGGCUGGACAAAAGGAAUUGUAUAGGUAGAGCAAAACUGAAAGUCUGGAUUAUACAAGCAGACUAUGGGACUAUGUGCACAUGAGCAGCAUGCACUAUUUUACAGGCGUCACUUUAAAUUUGUGUUCACAGCACUGCCUGCUUGCGUCCAUCAUGAGCAUGCUAUAUAAUUUUUUUGUACAAAAGUCACACUGGGCAGUCUGACAUGGCAUUCUGGGCUCCAUAGUCAGUUAGCUAGAGGUGUGAUUAUACCCUGGCACAAAAUCUGUACUAUUAAAGCUAGUGGAUUCAAGCCUGACUGUUUAGGAUAUGCAUUUGCAUUUUUAAUUCUGACAAAGGUUGGAUGGCUGUUUUAAUACCUUCUCUAUCAGAAGAAUUUAUGGUUUGAUUGCUAUAAUAUCACUUCUGCAGCUUUCUGCUUGGUAAUUCAAGAAUUCCUUUAAACUCUAACCAGCAGUUUGUCAUAUUUACAACAGGCCUUCCAAUUACAGAUGCAAUGCAUGUGCUCAUUGUUUAUAAUUGUAAAAUGCUAAAUAUACUUUUUCAACUCAAAACUAUCUUGUCUAUAGGUGACAUAAAUGGGACAGCAGCUUGUGUAAAACAGGGAAUUUUGCAUUCUGUGCAAUCUUAAGGUCCCUUAAGUGUCCCUUUUAUUUGGUGUAGCUUGAUGGGAAUUCUCCCAUCUGUUAGUGCAGUAUUGGUGAUAAUCCAGUUUGGCAACUUCUGUUGAAAAUGCUUCACAUUUGGCAGCUUAACUAAUAUGGACUGUUUGUUUAUAUUUUGUAUUUUGCACAAAUUAGUUCUGUUGCACUGAUGUCAUGGUUUAUCUUGCAGGUCAACGGAGUCAGCAUGAUUGGAAAACUGCACAGCGAUGUGGUGAGCUCCAUAAAGGCAGGAGGGGAAGAAACUACUCUGCUUGUUGUGGAUCCAGAGACUGACUUGUUCUUCAAAGAAUGUGGUGUAGCACCUGGAAGAGAGCACCUGCAAGGUGAACGACUCAAGGCUGGCUUGUAGAAUCACUAGUUGUAAAGGACUUUGCAGAAGUGAGCUACAAAACUACUAUAGGGGGUGGAAAACUAGUUAUGCAGAUGCUAGAAAAACUGGAUUUGUCUGGUUUAGAAGGCCCUUUGGAGGGCAUAUGAUGGCCCUACACAUAUACUGGGUCAGAGCAAACUUAGGUGCCAACAUAUGCAAUAGCAGGAAUGUACAAGACAUGAGAUCACCUUUCGAAACUGGUAAAGAUGUCUUAACUUGCAGAGGAAAGUCUCAUUUACAGGAAGAACCAGAAUGUGCAAUUUUCUGCCUAAAGCAGUUAUCAGAUUCUAUAGAUAAAAAAGCUUUGCUACUUUUUUGCAUAAACGGAAUUUUCAAGGAUCUAAUUGAUAUGCAUGUAAACGGGUUUUCGAUUGAAGAAAUCUGACUGCAGUCAGUCCAGAGGUAUUUGUUUCCCUUUUUGUGGCAUAAUUUGAAAUGGCUGUAAUUUAUUUUUCCUUUUUGAGACAGGAUAAAAUGUGCUUCAAGGUUAAACUUGUUGCAGCUUUUUCCACAAACAUAGAUUAUGUAGCUUAUAUACAUAUAGUGUGUGUACACAUACACAAAUUGGCAAUUCAGAAUGCUAUUUGUAUCUGUACAGGGAAUCUUGGUUCCAUUUUACCACUUAGUGCGUUUGCCACCCAUACUGAUUAUGGAUUUCAAAUAUCUUAAAGGUCACUGGCUAUCCUCGCAGUAUUCGAAAUGGGUGUUUCCUCACCACGCAGCAUAUAUCCUAUUAAAGCAGAACUCUCUUCUCUGAAAGUAAAAGUUCCUCAUUCCUUCUCCCUUGUAAAAUAAAGUUGUAAACAAGAACUGGUGAUUGCAGUAGUAGUAAUAAAAUACUUGUCUCACCAGCACUUUGGUUAUACAAGUGCAUGUAUUAGUACUGCACAUGAGUGGGACUGCACUCAGGAAGUUCCUCUAGUGGUUGCUGCAGUGACAGCCAUGAGAGGUGGCAUUAUGGAGUAGUGUAAAUUAAAGCAGGACUCUCAUGCCCAACUUGUCUAAUUCCUCUUCUCCCUCGGUCAGGAUUUGUUAAUUUCUUUGUCUUUAGUUUUAAAGAAAACUAGAGCAAAGUAGGGACUAGUUUGUCUUAUGGAGGUUUCCUCCGCUUGACCAUCUAUGACCAGCAGAGGAGCAUAGUGUGCCCCGUUUCCUGUGGGUCAGACACUUUCCCACAAUCAUCCUUUCUUCUGUGAUAUUGCAAUGCUUCCUGUCAGUAUUCCAGAACGUCCUGUCAUUUAGACAGGACGCCGGCAAAACUACAGAAUUGUCAUAACAGAAUGAGCAGUUUGUUCAUUCAUGUUGGGAUGCAAUUCAGUACUUUUAGGUCAGUUUGAAAUUUCACUCUAAUGAAAAUUUCGAUUUGUGCCGCGAGAUUUGCAGCCUAGUAGAGAACUCGCUAAUUCCCACGGUAUCGGGGAGCUAUCUUCCAAAAUGCUGAUAUCAUGAGUAGGGCAUGUCUGCUAAAGGCCACCCCUAUUUAUGGCACUCACCUGCUACUCAAUGGUGUGGGCUUGGGUGGACACCAGGUCCACCCCAUUUUCAUUUAGGGCUCCCAGCUGCUGGCCAGGGGAAGGACAAUAGGUCCCUCAUUUUCAUUUAGGGCCCCCACCUGCUGCUGAUGGGUAGGGACAAGGGGGACAUUAGGGGGCUUUUUUACAACUGAGCAGCCUCUGGCUGGUCACUGAGUAGACAUGCCCCUACUCACAGCAUAGCAUCUAAGGGAAUUCGGGAGAUUUUAAUCUCCCUUAUUCUGUUAUGAGGUUAUAUUGACCCCCAUUAAGUGAGGGAAGACAUUGUGGGGGCUUGUACAUAUUACAAGGAGGGAGCUGCAUGCCGGUAGCUUCCUCCUUGUAACAAAUCGACCAAACGAAGAGGUCUUCAUUCGUUUGACAUUUCUAUUCAUUUAUUCAUCUUUAUGACAAAUUAAUAGAUGAAAUUCGUGUUCGCAUGCACAGGAAUUUCACAGCAUUAUCAAGUGUGGGCAGAUGACAUGUCCCACAGGAACUUCUUGCCACACAAAGAUGGCAGCACCCAGGACAUAGGUCAGGGCACAAAAUAAUGCAGAAAUAGGUAAAUAUGGGGGUUUGUGGGCGACUAAGGGUACAACUUGAUAUAGUGGAGUCCGGGGGGUUAAAAAAAAACUGGAUUCGCCCAUGAGCGUGCCGCUUUAACUUCUCUCAUAAAAUGCAGUGGUUUUACAUUGCUCAGCCUGCAGGGACAGGCUAUAUGUCCCAGAAAUGCUAUAGUGGUUCUAGGGAUUGAAGUGUCUACCUUCUGAGGUUUUUAGAGAAUUGUUAAAGGUUAAAAGUUUGCAUAAUUUUUUGGAUGCUUAAUGAGUAUUGGGGUCCUAAUGAAUGUAAUAUUCUCUGAAGGAAAGAAUUGUAUUUUUCAAUGUUAGAUGAGUGUUUUACUCAGUCACUAGUGGCACAUCUGCUACAUUGACAGUCAGGGUGACCGCCACUGGAGGUGGAUUUACCUUGCAAUGUACACUUUGCUGUUGCUAAAAAUAACAAAUAUUUUACAUUGCAGAGUUAGAAGGACAGUGCUGCUACACUAUACCACUUUAAUUGUUUAUGUAGUCUAGGUGAAUUUAAGAUGCUGUUCCUGAUGCAACAAAGCAGGAUUUCUGCUAAUUUUUAGUCUCCUUGUCUGUCUGGAUUUGGUUCCCUCUCCCUUUGUAGUUCUCUUAGCAUGCCAUGUGUGGAUAAUGCUGCUUAACACAUGGAUAAAUCUAAAUUUCAAUCAGGUGCAGCCCAUCACUGCCUUCCUGUUAGAUUCCUUUUUUACUUGGUUUUCUGAGUGGGGAGCUAGUGAGACGCUGUCGGCUGAUACUGUAUCAGCAGUUCCUAGUCUAAGGCUCUUGACUGAAACCUUGGACCAUCAGAGUAAACUGAGGGGCAGUGCCAUCUCAACUAAAUGAGUUAAGCUAUUAAAAAGGUUUAAUCCUAAAUUCUUAUUACUGUGACAGGACCUUCUCACACCAUACAUUGCAAUAAAGUUAUGGUGCCUUUAGUAUACUUUUAAGUAGGACUUGGAGGUCAGAUCUGAAAAAUGUGUAAUAAUUGACUUUUUAGAAUAAGGUAGUUUGUCCAUUUGAGCAAAGUCCAUUUAAAUCUUGCAUGCUUAAUGCUUGUAUUUUGAGACUGCUUAAUGCUACACUUCCAGUGGCCAUUCCCCCAGUUACUGUGGAAACAUAUGCUAAUCCCCUCAAGUGAUUCACUUUUUUUUCAGUGCAACAUUCUAUAUUUUCCAGUCUUUGUGGAAUCCAUUUCCAAGAAAAAGGGUUCUAAUGAGACUGCUUAAACAAAGGCUUGAAGCAUCUGCUGUUAAGCUGCUUUGACUCUUGUGCAGCAAUGUGUGCCAAAGGUCAGAAAGAAUAGUCUGAUCUGUCAGUUUCCUAAACUUGGGAGCCUGUACAAGAAUUUGGUUUCCUUUUGGUGCUUUCCCACAAUCCUUGGAAACUGUAAAAUGGAAUCUCUGUUCCUUGGUAGAACAUUGAACAAAUGCUACUUGGCUAGCUUUUACCAAGUUGAUAUAGUGUGUGUAUUUUGCAUGCGUUUGAGAUCAUGAUAGACAUAAUUAAUUUAGUGUAAAACUAGAAGUGUGUAGUUUGCCCAAAAUGAUGUGGCAAAACCAGAAGGUAAAGAACACCCAUGUAAAAGCUUAUUGUCUGUAGUAAGUUUGACAGUAAAUGCAACACUAUACACUCACUAACUACAUAUUUGCAACCUAGCAAAAGUUGUUCCCCAUUUAAGGUUGUUCUGGCUGUCAUGCUUGUUCAUUUAAGUUAAAUAUAAAUUAAAAGAAUACUCUCACUUUAGAGAUACAAAUCUGUAUUCCCAUUGCUAGUGUCCCUGCCCCUCUGCUUUUAAAAGUUACUUGUCCUUUUUCUAGUGUGCUUAAACUUCCUCAUAGGAAAGUAUGGAUGUAAACCAUUCAGUUUCCAAAAAAGGUGAAUUGCAGGGUUAAAAGGACUGUGCACCCAGAUCAAUUCAUAAUAUGAAGUGGUCUGGGUAACUGAUAUUUGCAAGAAAAGCUUCCAGUUAUGUGCUUUUUACAUGGUAUUAAAUGGCUUUUGUUUUCCACAGGACCUUUGCCUGAGAAGAUUGUCAAUGGGAGCUUGGAAAAGGUAACUCUUUUUUUAAAAUUUACUACAAUUGACUGGGUUUAUGGAAAAUGUAUUAAUUAUACUUUUCCCUCUGUAGAAUGUCAAUGAAGAUGAACAGGAGAAUGAAGUCACACUUUCUUCCCCUGUCUACGAGCCUGAGGUUUCAACACCCACAGAGGACACACCUAAGGUAAUGUAGCACAAGUGUUAAAUGUCUUGCAAUAAAGGAAGCCUAAACAUUAGAUGACUCUUUACAGGAAGUGCUUAGGCCUCACGUGCAGGGAGGGCUGCAUAAACAAAGUGAUUUAACUUCUAGAUGGCAGUGAGACUGAAAGGGCAUAAUCUAUACACCAAAACUGCUUCAUUAACCUAAAGUUGUUCUGGUGACUACAAUGUCCCUUAAGUAGUUACACAUCCCUGGACCCCUUGGUGCUUACAGUGCUCCUUUAACUUUUCACUGCAAUGGUGUUGGUCGGUAGACUAUUAAUGUGUAGUUUGAGAAGAUGCUAUGGUUUUGGUGUGUAAAGCAUGGCUGUCACUGCUUGGGAGUUUAAUUGCGGUUUUAAUUAUUUUGUGAUGAUAAAUUGGUUAUUUCUUUUCAGGAUGUGCAAGAUUCUUCUCCCAAGCGUACAUUGAGUACUGAGGCCUCCGUUGAUCCACUUCUAGACCUGAAUAUGUCACUGGCUGUAGCAAAGGAGCGUGCUCACCAAAAACGCUCACAGAAAAAAGCACCACCUAUGGACUGGAACAAGAGAAAAGAAGUGUUUAGUAGCUUGUGAGCAGAAGAAACAUGUGAAAGAACUCAUUGCACUAAUCGUCACCAUUCCCAGUGUCCAGCUUUUCCCAUACUGCUGCCACCACACUGUACUUUGCCCCUCUUUUUUGGGGGUUGUUGUCCAUUACCAGCUGUUGGGUUAAUACAUAAUCCUGGUUAGUCUGUGAAUCCGUCCUGGAGUCCGGAUGUUAAAAGCACAUGGACUCAAAUGCUGUAUCAGUCUGAUUUUUGGCACUUGGCUUGAAAAGAUGUCCAUUGUAUUAACAUGUGUUCUACAAAUGGAGCUGGUGCUUCCUGAAGCUUAGUGACUGACCUUACACCUCUGUGUUGGUACACAAAAAACUGCUCUGAAAUGAUCUAAUGAAUGCAAGUAAUUUCCUGCUGAUGUUCACUUUUUUUGGGGGGGAGAUUAUAACUAGAUAUUUUGCUAUUUAGCUAAAUACAUUUUCUCUACUUUUAACCAUUGCCUUGUCAUUUAGUCUGUUUUAUACUCUACUUUGUUUUAUAUUUAAGAGCAUCCAUAUAUCUGAAGUUUGUAAGAACUUUGUAAAAGUUUUGGGUAUUUUGAACACAUUUCAUAAUGAAUACACUUGUACUGCACCUAGCCUUUAAGUGGAACAAUCACAUCCCACCUGCUUAUUUUCCUGCGAUUAGUCUUUGCUUGGUUAGACCAUACUGUGGUCCCAUCAAUUUAAGGAUGAAGAAACAAAUGGCUUGAAAAGGGCUUUAUUUUCACACCUAAUAGGGCAGCGUUUCCCAAUUGGUGUUCUGCGAGAACAUUAUUUGGGAUCCUCCAUGAAUCACCCAAUCCAAGAUGGCCACUGCUCUCUGCUGUUCCUCUCCUUCCAUAUUCUCCCAUUCCUCUCUCCCCUAGUGAUAAGCUGCCUCACACUGACUUGACAUAUUGAUCAAAGUGCAAUACCGAAUUUAUUUUGAUAAGUGCUCCAUAUAGUUCCCUAUUCUCACAAGAGCUGGGGUUGUACUUUUGGUUGAAGUGAGGCUUGCUUGCAUUGAGUGUUCAUGGGAGUAGCUGCAAUUUCUUCUAACUACCAAAUAAUUGCAAG